AGCUGAUGUAUUCAUCAGCAUCACACUCGCUCGGAUGCUCAUCGACGCGCGUGCGUGUGUAGGAGUACUGUGACGUGAUUGUUUUCACUCCCAUAUUCCUAAUAUCAUCUCAAAAUAUAAAGGAUUUGGAAAACAUCACCAUCACAAGUGCGUCGAUCAUCGAAUGGAAAGCGGUUUAAUAGAUGCAACUGAGCGCGUACACUGGCAACAUAUUCUUGGGUAAACGCGCGAGAAGGUUUAUAAAAAUUAAAGUUUGACGUUGGUGAUCUAAAAAAAGGAAUCUCCAUGGCAGAAAACAAUUUCCCACCUCUUCCAAGGUUCAUUCCUCUGAAACCAUGUUUUUACCAAGACUUCAACGAGAUCCCAGACCAGUGGCGUACAAUGUGCAAACGAAUGUAUUACCUAUGGAUAUUGAAUAGUGCCACUCUUGCAGCAAACCUGAUUGGCUGUCUAGCAUGGAUGUGCGGAGGGGGCGGGGCAACCAAUUUUGGUAUGGCCAUUCUGUGGCUGUUACUGUUCACCCCAUGCUCAUACGUGUGUUGGUUUAGGCCCAUCUACAAGGCCUUCAAGACAGACAGUUCUUUCAACUUCAUGGCCUUCUUUUUCGUCUUCAUGGCGCAGGUGGUGAUCAGUAUCAUUCAGGCUGUUGGAAUCCCAGGAUGGGGAGUUUGUGGUUGGCUCGCCACUAUCACUUUCUUCAGCACUAAUAUUGGCUCUGCCGUCGUUAUGCUGAUUCCAACCAUAAUGUUCACUGCUGUGGCUGGUCUCUCGGUCAUUGCCCUCACCAAGGUUCACAACUUCUACCGUGGCAGCGGAGGCAGCAUGAGCAAGGCUCAGGAAGAAUGGACCUCCGGUGCUUGGAAGAACCCUCACGUCCAACAGGCAGCACAGCAGGCAGCUAUGGGGGCUGCACAGGGGGCCGUGAAUCAACAACAGUACUCAGCUGCACCAACCUACAACUAUGACGAUCCAAUGUAGAUCCUUUUCAGCCACAGUGGGGGGAGGGGACAGAAACAGGGUGUUUGGGAGGGCGUUCCAAAGAGAUAAAGUCACUAACUGGUUGAAAUUAGGGGAGGGAGAAAGGAAGAUAUAUCGACCAAUUUGAAUUCAAACAGGUUCCCACCAGUACAAUACAUAAGCGUUUACUUAAACUGUUUUAAAAGUGUGUGAUAGUUUAAGGAGUUGCUUUUGGUAUUUAGACCCCAUAAAUAGGAAAGUAUCAGUCUUGCCAUGUGGUAUUACGGCAGAUUUAAUUAAAGGUUAUGUAGUGUUUCUCCACUUAUCGUAUUUUAAACACUAGAGCACCAAUAAGGGAACAUUCCAAAGCUCACUAUGUUUCUAUAGUAAAUAGAUUCUCAGAUGGUUGUCAGAUUCGUCUAUGUGGUAUUUGCAAGCCAGAUAUAUAUUUUGGUUGGCUGUUAGUAUUCAAAAACACAUUUUGACUAUUUAGCAAACACAUCUUUACUCUCACGUCUUACGAAUAAACGUAGGUUUUAUGCACAGAGAGAAGAAAAGAUCAGCUUUCGUAAAUAAAUUGACUGGUAUUUACUUGAUCUCAUAGAUGAAAAGGAUAAAGCUUAUAAACAUUACAUUGUGUCUGUUGUACAAAGAGAGUUUGUUUUGUUUUGUCAAGUUGUUUUUGUUUCAUUUUCUUUGAAGGUACAAGGAAAGCCAUACGUUUACGUUGUUUGAGUUGUUGCGUAUUUUUGUUUGCGUUAAAGGUUUUAAUAUGUGCAGUUGUGUUGUUUUACCUCAGGAUUUAAUCGUCUUAUUUUAUUGCUGAUGUACUUUAGCUGAGGUUCGGCUAAUGAAACCGAUUAGACAAAAUAUUUGUACAUGUACAUUUUGUACGUUUGUACAUUAGUUCAAUUUAAAUGCUCUUGAUUAGAGUAAAUAUUUAAUCUACACUUAGCCACAGGCUUGUUAGACAGUUCAACCCAUUAUGAUCUAAAUCUGCUGCAAAGGUUUUUAAGUUGUUAUUAUUGAUAUCACAGAAAUCAUAACUGUUGUUUUGCAAAUAAUCAGACUGAAUUUCUGGGUGGUUUAUUCUCCACCGGGUUAAAACCUAAACACAUUAUGAAGUAAUAUUGUCAAUAUAAGUACAAUAUAUACGUAUGUGGUGUCAUACUAAUUAUUGAUUACAAUUAUUAUUACUCUUACAGGUUAAGUGAUGUACAGAAGUACUUUGCUCCCAAAAAUUAUGUCCCAUUUGUGAUUUUUCUCGGCAUUUCCUGAAAGUACUUGCUCUAUUAUGCAUCGACAAGCAAUUUCUGUGUGAAAUUCCUGAAUUACGUAAAUUUAGUAGUUCUGUCAAAUCAAUUAAUCACAUGUAACGUAAAAGUGUGUGUGUGUGUGUGUGUAUAUAUAUAUAUAUAUAUAUAUAUACACACACACACACACACACACACAUAUUUUACAAACUAUUAUGUUAGAUGCGAUUAAUUGGAUUAUUAGAUUUGACAGCACUAAAAUUUUGAGAUUUAAAAUCUUUCAGACCUGCAAAUUGUGGAUUUGUAAUAUAUAGUAGAGCAUUUAGUUAUAUUUGUUGUUCCAAUUCUGAAUUUACAGUCUAUGAAGAGCUGGUUAGUGAUAGUUGACUGUAAAACUGGGUCAUAGUUUAAAGAGUGUAAAGAAAAGAAAGUAUGAAAUAGAUUAAAAUAAUAGUGUACAGUAUAUGUAAUAUGUCAUCUCAAUGUCUCUAUCAAGGCUUGUAAAAUAAUUUUAAUCAUUUCGAGAACUGUGAAACAUUCAAUACGCCCAUGCAAUGUGUGAUAUUAUUCAUGUAUGUUUGGGGAGUUUUUCUAUGUACUCUUUUGUUUAUGUAAAGAUCUUAUUGUUAUAAUUUCGAUAAUGUGUGUAUUAUUAAGCGUAACUGUUCCACAGUGUGAUGCUUGGUACACAGUUGUGGGGCUUUUGGUAAGACAGGACUUCCUGAAGUUGCUUCCCUGAUUGAAAUCCACAGUCCUGUUGCGCCCUCUGGUGGACUGGAUGUAUAUAACUUUACCUGUUUGUUUUCUGACAGUCACCCAAGAAAACUUGGACAGAAGCAAUAUCGAUAUCUGUCAAGCAUGAUUUGAUUAAAUCAGCAAGAAUGUUAUAUUUCAGCCGCACCAGCAAAAGCUACGGUCACUGUCCUUUCCAAGAACCACCAUGUUCUUUUUGUGCCCUGAUCUUCAUGCCUAUGUAUUCCAACAGUAGAUAAAGCCUUGUUCAUACUGUAAAGUUAAUUGAGUGGAAAGAUGCCAGUAGACUAACAUAAAACAGAUAGUUGUCUUUGUAUAGUGAGUUGUGUGUGGUGCUUGGUAAAUUUGUGAAUUCAACCAAACCUCGUGCCAUGUGUGUGUGUGUGUGUAGAUGUUAAUUAUUUUGUCAAGUCUAAGGUGGGAUGUAUUGUUGACUUGGAGACAAGAACUGGUACAUUUUACAGGUUUCAGUUUUUAUUUACUUCUCUUUUUUAUUUUUUUUGUAAUUCUUUCCUGAGUUUCAAUGGUCAAACAUUCAAAUGAUUUUUUAUUAAUAUCAAUUUAGCCAUAUUUUCUUUCCCUUAGCUACAAUGUUUAGUGUACUUAAUUUGUAACAAAUGCAAUGUAAACACAUGUUUGGUUUCCUCAGAAAAACUACUUUAAAAAAAAAAAAAAAUCAAACAAUCAUGCAAACAUGAAGCUCAAUAGUUGUGAUUUCUGAAGGUGGUUGUUUUUGAAGUUUGAGAUGAUUUCUUUUUGCUUCAGUUUGUAUUACUUUUAUAUUAUUUUGUCUCUCCCUGAUGGAUAAUAAACAGAUAAUGUUUA